AUGUAUCCAGCAAUCUAUGUCCUGCAUGGACCAACAUUUUACAAGCAGUACGAAGGAUUUUGGAGCGACCCAGAAAACAGUCCAACUGCCUGGAUUGCUCUCCUAUUCGCAAUUUUGAGGAUCGCAAUGCUGGACUACCUAAGAGAAGGUGAUGAGCCUGUUGAGUGGGAGGGAAAAUGUCAUGAUCUUGCGUCGACUUAUCGAAAUCGGUUUACAGACUGCUUGCUGAUUGCCGACUAUACUCAACCGCAAGAGUUUCUCAUCGAAGCUCUAAUCAUGCAUCAAUACGGCGAGUAUGUUGGGACCAGGGAUGCCAAAUCAAGUAUGUGGGUACUCAGCGGAAUGCUCGUGAGACUGGCGAUGCGUAUGGGUUACCACCAAGAGUCGCAACCAAAUCUACCUUGCAGUCCAUUUCAGAUAGAGAUGAGGCGCCGAGCGUGGGCAUUCAUCCGACAAUGCGACAUACUCGUAUCGUUUCAAAUGGGUCUUCCUUCUAUGAUAACUCCACGCUUGCUCGAAGCGCCUCUUCCACGAAAUAUCCAUGACGACGAUAGCUUCAAUGAGGAUUGUUCUAUCCUUCCACCAGCACUACCCGACUCCGAACCAACACAAGUAUCCUAUCUAAUCGCAAAAGCGAAAUUAGCCUUCGGACUAGCCCGUGCUUUGGACGAGAUAACUGGCAGUGAUCCAAUAGGGUGGGAACGAAUACUUGAAAUCGAUCGAGAAUUGAGACAAAUAUACGACAACGUGCCUAAUUACUACAAGAUCGGUCAGUUAUCCACCGAAGAUUCUCUGGUCCUGGUUUCCUGUCGGUUUGUUCUAUCCAGUAUUCAUCACAAAUCUCUCUGCACCGUGCAUAGUAGAUUUCUGGAGAUUGCAAAAUUCGACAGCAAGUUCAUCUACUCCAGAAGAGUGUGUCUGACUUCCGCCAUGUCAAUACUCAGGUUUCAGGCUAUACAAAAUCAAGAGAUUCCUGUGGAUGGUGGCUUACGAAGUCUGACCAAUUAUCAAACGUCCCUAGCGAUACACGAUUACCUUCUUGCUGCAACAAUCCUGGCGGCAGACUUGAGUUCGAGUAACUCGGAAAAUGCGACGAAUCAACAACCAUUGCCCGGUGUACCCACGAGGUCUGAGAUGAUCAAGGCGUUGAGGUUGAGCGCACAAAUCUUUGGUCAGAUGCAGAAUCAAAGCAUGGAAGCCUAUAAAGCAGCAGAUGUCCUUGACAUGCUUGUACGAAAGUUCGAGGGUGGGGAUCAGAACUACAUGAGAGGUUCGAAAGGACCACAGAACCUGGGUCAAGGGCCUGUUUCAAAAUCCAACAUCAUGAGACCACCUCAUGUCUCUUCCAAGCGUCAGACGUUACUUUCCAGCUCUUCAGAUAUACCCAACAAAUCUCCUAUCAUUAGUCUAAGUUCUGGAAUAAACCUAGACUUUGCCGGCCACAAAAGCACACAGCAGCCAUCGCGUACGCCAUCACGUCUGGCUCAAAGCACUAGCUCAGAAUACUUGGCUACAAAAAGACCAGGUACGAUAGAGUCGUCGAGUUUUGAUAUACUCACGAGCUGGCCACAACUCCAAGAUUCAGGUUACGGUGCGCCUGGGACCUUUAUCCCACAGAUGUUUCCAGAACUUGAAAGCUCGGCCGACUGGAUCACGCCCGAUCGUGCAGAUAUGUCAACGUCGAUCAUGGAAGAGGGCAAUUCGAGUGGGCCAGACUCCUCAGCGAAUACACAAGGUAUAUCAUAUUCGACAUCAUUGGCUCUCACGGAUCCUAUGUCUACACUGUGGAACUUAACCUCAUGA